AUGAAUUCCGAAGACAUAUACGCCAAAGUCAGCGAGCGAUAUGGCACUACCGCCAAAGGUUCUGAUGCAAAGUACAGCAACACCGUCGCUAAAGCCUUUGGUUAUUCGGAAGAGGAACUCGCUUCAAUCCCUAAGGACGCCAACUUGGGAUUGAGUUGUGGGACACCUCUUGCUACAGCCACGCUUCGGGAGGGAGAGGUCGUUAUUGACCUGGGAAGUGGCGCUGGGUUGGAUGUCUUCCUAGCAGCCAAGAAGGUCGGCCCAAGUGGUAAAGCAAUUGGGGACAUGCUUUCCAAAGCAAUGGCACUCAAAGCUGAUUAUGGGAUGAAUAACGUCGAGUUUGUCGAGUCGCGUAUUACCAACAUCGCUUUGGAGGGUACCAUCGCCGACUGCAUCAUUUCCAACUGCGUCAUCAACUUGGUCCCCCACGAUGAAAAGCAGCAAGUCUUUAACGAGAUAUUCCGUCUUCUCAAGCCCGGAGGACGAGUAGCCAUAUCAGAUAUUCUUGCAAAGAAGCCUGUCUCUGAUAACAUCAAAAACAGCAUGGCUCUUUAUGUGGGGUGCAUUGCGGGGGCAAGUCAGGUUUUCGAGUAUGAGCAGUAUAUGCGAAAUGCAGGCUUUGAAGAUCCUUUGGUCGCAGACACCGGAAGUGAUCUAAAUGUUUACCUAGAUGAUUCAGCAGGGGGCUGUUGCUCGGCGACAAAUACCAUGGCAUUAGACCUAAAAGGAGAGGACUUGAACGAAUGGUUCGGUCUCACAAGUAUAAGAAGCCUCAUCCAUCCAGAGUUGAAAGAACAAUCCAACCAGAACCUCAUUGCAAACACUCCAAGUCUACUCUCUCUUAGCCCCGAAUCAAUCCAGACUUUGAUCACCACCGCCACCAUGGUCAGCCUAUCCUACGUUAUCUACGCCCUCAGCGCCAUCGCCGGCGUACAGGCCUGCAAGAGAACCUGCACUGCCACAGGAGAUAGUGGCACCACCUGUAGCUACAGCUGCAGCCAAGUCUGCUCAAGCAUAUCCGCAAACCUGGCCCGUAACACCUUCCUCGCUGCUCUGCAGAAUGGCGGAAACUCUUGCUCUGCUGUCGGAACGAGUGGUGUCCAGUGCAGGAAGACGAGCAAGUUUGGCAGCUGCUAUGAUCACUACUGGUCAUGUGGCAGCGGCUGUUAA